AACCCAAAUACCAUUACUUUACUGCAGUGGAUACAUCAUUCAUUGAGCUACAGAACACACACCAAAACUGGAUUUUGAGAGGAGGAGAUUUCUGUCUAUAAUAGGUCCUGAAGGUUUUGUCCCUCAUUUUGCAGCCUUACCUCUCCCUUGACUAUUGACAUCAAACUGGACAACGACAGAUCAGACAAUGUCAGAGUAAAGGCCUCCAAGAACUGAGCUCACUGGCAUCAGCAGUGAUAAGAAGAAGGAUGUAGGUGUUUAACCCACCCGAGUAAGGACAUCAGUAGAUAAGGAAGCGGGGUGAAGGAAGUUGAAUGAGACUAGAGACAAAGAGGGAAAACUGGAGUGAGAACAAGAACUAAUGGAAGUAAUAUGCAUUAAAGCUUGUAAAUAUAAUAUUAUGAUGAUAAGAAAUAGAGAGUUAGAGGGUUAGAGAGUUAGAGGGUUAUAUUGCCUGAGGAAUGUCUGGAAAUUUUAAAGAAGAUGAUGAGACAGCAAUGGUUAAGAUCAGAGCAUUUAAAUGAAAGGAAUGACCCUGGUAUCUCUUUGGCAGACACACUUCUUUAGUUUUCUGUGUCUUUAGUUUUCUGUGUCUCUCCAGUAUGGACUACUGUUUUCUGUUUCAAAGUUCAAGGCAGAGUUUGAGUUGCUCUUGCAACAUUUACGCCCCCAGACAUCUCUGCAAAUGUACAACACUAAAUGAGACAUAACUCAUUAAACAGUAACCAGGAGAGGGUAAAAUGAGUGCAGGUGGGAGUAAGGCUGCCUAGUAGGUACUUUCCAAGGGUAAAAUUGCAGAAGAGUUGACGCUUCUAACAUUUCUGAGAAGUGAAGCUCAUCUCUCAACUUCUACACCUCUUGGUGUAGAAGUGCCAUUAUCUCUUGAAACAACUUCUGGUAGGAGCUUGCUUGCAUUACCAUCCCUUCAGUCAAGCUUUUGUUGAAAGGCAAUGGAUUGGGCCAGCCUUGUUCCUGAGGCGUUACUGUUUAUCCUCGUUCUCCUGCUGAUUUUGAAAGCACAACAUUUCUGGAGGAGCCAAAUGAGAGAGAAAUCUCCCCCAGGACCCCAGCCUUUACCCAUCAUUGGAAAUCUGCACAUCAUGGAUCUAAAGAAACCUGGCCAGACACUGUUACAGCUGUCUGAAACAUAUGGCCCUGUGUUCACAGUUCAGAUGGGACUAAGGAAAGUGGUGGUGCUGGCAGGGUAUGACACAGUGAAGGAAGCUCUGGUGAAUCAUGCAGAUGCAUUUGCAGGGAGACCUAAAUUACCAAUUAUAGAAAAAACAGGGAAAGGAAAAGGAGUUGUAUUUUCUCAUGGAGAAAACUGGAAAGUGAUGCGAAGAUUUACACUUACAACCUUGCGGGACUUCGGGAUGGGAAAGAAGGUCAUAGAAGAUCAUAUUGUAGAAGAGUAUGGAUACCUGGCAGACAUAAUUGAGUCACAGAAAGGGAAGCCUCUUGAGAUAAGUCAGUUGAUGAAUGCUGCUGUUGCUAAUGUCAUUGUAUCCAUAUUGCUUGGAAAGCGGUUUGACUAUGAAGACCCCACAUUCAAAAGACUCGUGUCAUUGGUGAAUGAAAAUAUGACGCUUCUUGGAAGUCCAUCAGUGUCGCUGUACAAUGUAUUCCCCAUCCUUGGAUUCUUCCUGAAGAACAGCAAAUCUUUCAUUGAGAAUGUAAAAGAAUUCAAUGAUUUUAUCAGGGUUACUUUCACAAAAUAUCUCAAAGUCCUGGACAGAAAUGACCAGAGGAGCUUCAUUGAUGCUUUUCUUGUCAGACAACAAGAGGAGAAUGGAAAGGCCAAUACAUUUUUCAAUAAUGAAAACUUAACUGAGAUUGUGAGAAAUCUGUUUAUAGCUGGCACGGAUACCACAGCCACCACUUUGUGCUGGGGCCUUCUGCUCAUGAUGAAAUAUCCUGAAAUUCAGAAAAAAGUCCAGGAAGAGAUAGAUCAAGUGAUAGGAUCAAACCCCCCAAGAACCGAGCAUCGAACUAAAAUGCCAUAUACCGACGCUGUUGUACAUGAAAUUCAGAGGUUCGCUGAUAUCCUGCCAUUGAACUUGCCUCAUGAGACUACCAAAGACGUCUCUCUCAAAGGCUAUUUCAUUCCCAAGGGAACCUAUGUCAUCCCCUUGCUCAACUCCGUCCUGCACGACAAAACCCAGUGGGAGAAACCAGGCUCCUUCCACCCUGAGCAUUUCCUCAACUCGGAGGGGAAGUUUGUAAAGAAAGAUGCUUUCAUUCCUUUUUCAACAGGACGGAGGAUCUGUGCCGGUGAGACUCUUGCCAAAAUGGAGCUCUUCCUCUUCUUCACCAGCCUCCUGCAGAGGUUCACCUUCCAGCCUCCUCCCGGAGUUUCCCCCUCAGACCUGGACCUCUCUGCCACCACUAGGUUUGUUGUUGCCCCAGUAACUCAUGAGCUCUGUGCAGUGCUACGUUCCUAGGGACUUUUAUCAGCUGCCUCCUUUUCCUGGAACACUCAGAUGAAAUAUCUUAGUUCACUUCUGUUCCUACCAGGGAAAUUUGGCACUUCUGAAUCCAGUAGGUGAUUUUUAGCCCAAGUACACCUUAGAAUCAUAGAAUUAGCUAGGUUAGAAAAGACCUACAAGAUCAUCCAGUCCAACCAUCCACCUACCAUCAAUAACCCCACUAAACCUUGUCUCUCAACGCUAUAUCUAAAUGUUUCUUGAAUGCAACACCUUGAAUCAUAGCAAGAGGUGUAUCACCCACCAUUACAAAAGGUGGCAGUCCUGACCUUCUGCCAGUCCUUGAAUGAGCAAAUUGGUGGUCCCUGUGAGGUUGAAUGAGUCCAUCUCGACACCACCGCAUGUUCCCUUCAAGAAAAGCAUCUGGGGUCAGACUCUGGGCUAGAGCCCACAGGAUGUUGCACAGAUCUCACAUCCUCACACAAGGACCUUCAUCUUCCUCCUCUAGCACAGCUGCACUCAAGCUGCCCAGUGAAAAAGGCUCAUUACACGUUUUAUACCCAUACCACUGCCCUGAAUGUAUGCACAGACACACAUAGAAAUGUAACUGAACAGUUCAACGUGAGAUAAAUGUAAGAUGUUCACUAAUGCAGAACUUCAGUGCAGUCACAUAGAGGACUAAUAGAUGAUGGCAUGUCAUCUGGAAACUGAAAUUAAUUUAAUUUACUA